AUAUUCAUUUUAAUACUUUUUUAACAUUAUCCGUAGCAGGUGCACGCACCUUUCCCAAUUCUCAACUAUUUAACCCUUUUCAUUCCUCAACCGAAAACCGGUCCAAGAUUUGCUCACAAAUCUCACAACUAAAUAACCUUUUUUUAUUACCGAUUUGCUAAAACAUGAUGGCAAAUAAUGGGUUCGAUUCCGAUUUCGCUCUUCUUGAGUCUAUUCGCCGGCAUUUGCUAGACGAUUCAUCUGCCAUAAACUCCGGCGACGGUUUUCCACCGAUGUCUUGCCAGAGCAAUAUCUUGUUUCCUUGUUUUUCAGACACAUGGGGUGAAUUACCCUUGAAACAGGACGACUCUGAUGACAUGUUAAUCGCUCAGUUUCUUCACGAAACAUUGGAUUUUGACUGCCACCCGUCGCCGGCGGCGACCUUAUCGGAAAAUGCUACAACUGUUAAAUCCGAGCCGGAGAGUCUUGUGAGUUCGCCGGAGAUUUCGAGAUUUCCGGCGGUAUCGCCGGAGAAGGGGAAGCAUUACAGAGGAGUGAGGCGGCGGCCGUGGGGUAAGUUUGCGGCGGAAAUACGGGAUCCGGCGAAGAAUGGUGCGCGCGUGUGGUUGGGGACGUUUGAGACUGCGGAGGAUGCGGCGGUUGCGUAUGAUAGGGCGGCGUAUCGGAUGCGAGGUUCACGUGCUUUGUUGAAUUUUCCGUUGCGGAUUAAUUCUGGUGAGCCGGAGCCCGUGAGGAUAGCGUCAAAACGGAGGUCGACGUCACCGGUGAGUUCAUCGGAUGAUCGGUCCCCGAAGAGGAGAAUAUUGGAUAGACAAUGACUAUUACAUUGUGUCACAUUUUUUAAUUUUUUUUAAUUUAUUGUGUGUAAUGGGUGUUUCUUGUGCAUAAAUGACAUCUUUUUUAUAUCCAA